AUGUUCACUGAAGGUCUUGACGAAACCGCUAUCCAAUGGAUCAAUCGGGGAUCAGAAGUACGAGUUGAAGAUCUUGACCAUCCAAGCAUACGCGCUCCUUUAGCUGACAAGUUAAUACUUCCAAGGUCAUCUCUUUCGGCCACUGUUUCCAAUAAUCUCACUCCAAAGUCUCCUUCUUUGCCUCCUUUGAAGUUUCAUUCGUCUUUGCUACCAACCCGUAACCUCCCCUUCGGAUUUAGUGAUCGCCAUGUAAGUGAUGAUGAUGAAAGUGUGGCAUCAUUGUCGUGUCCGACUGUUGAGAGUGAUGAUGAUUAUGAUGAUGAUGAAGAAAGAGUUAUUGAUUCUUUGAACACUCCGAUUGAGCAGUGUUAUGAUGAGGAUCGAUUGUUUGGAUUUGGUAGUGGAACCAAGCUUAAAUCUUUAAAACCCAGUGGAAUUUUGAGGAGGGGUUUGGUUAAUGAAAAUAUAACUAUUCAAGUUCCAAAUAGUGUUAGUGCUAGAAGAUUUACUGAUGGAGAAUUGGGUUUCAAUAAAUGUGUUCAAAAGCAAAUGACUCCAUGUGGAAGUGGAAGUGGAAGUGGAAGUGGAAGUGGAAGUGGAAGUGGAAGUGUAAGUGGAAGUAGAGGUGGAAGUGGAAUUGGAACAGGAGGAGGAAGUGUUCGGUUUCGGACUAUGAGUAAUUUGAAUGAUCUGGUUGAUUUGGCUACUCCGAGUGCUCCUCCUAUUUUCAAUGGUGAAGUUGAUCUUCCUUAUUCAGAAGGCUCUGUGACUAAUGAAGUGGAUGAAACGACUCAGCCGCAUAGGUCUUGGACUUCCAGAGAUUCUGUGAAUUGUGAUGAUGGAGGAAGAAGUGAGUGUUCAAUUGAACAAAAAUAUAGUAAUGUUGCUGAAAGACAGGAGACAACUUCUACAGGAGACAUAGAAAGGCAGCCUCUUCCACACUUACAAUAUCUCAACAACAGCAGUUGCAAUAGUCAACAUGCCUGGCAAACCCUUAUCACUUAUGACGCCUGCAUUCGUCUAUGCCUGCAAGCAUGGGCAAGAGGCUGUGCCGAGGCCCCGGAGUUUCUUAAAGAUGAGUGUAUGGCUCUUCGAAGUGCCUUUGGAUUGCAUGAGUUUUUGUUGCAACCUCGAGGUAUAAAGCCAACUGAAGGAUGUACAAGGAAUUCAGAACAAACAGUACCUCUCAAGACUAAGAAGGUUGUAGGGAAAAUAAGAGUGGAAGUAAAGAAACUUCGUAUUAUACAAAGACGAAAACUAAAGGGCACAUUUUCAAACCGAGGAUCAAUGUAUAAGCAAGCUGGAAUGGAUUAUGUCCGGCAAGUUUCAUCCCUUGUGAAAAGCGGUAUUAAUUCUGUGAAGUCAUCAUCAUCAUUCUCAGUGACAACAGAAGAGCCAAUGUAUUGUUUGAUCCAACUCAAGAGUGCAACAGAAGAAAAUGCAUCAGAGUCGUGUUCUGCAAUUUUUCUUCGCCCUGGAAGUGGAGAUUAUCAUGAUUUUUUACCCUUGAGUCAAGGGGAUGCCUUACUCUUAGAAGUCCAAGAUUCUAAGAAGGCAAUCUAUGGUGAAGCAAGAAUUCCAAUUUCAUACCUCAAUGACAAUCCUAGUGACAAAAUUCGGUGGUGGCCAAUAAAUCACGAUGACAAUGAAUGUGUUGGCAAGAUCCAGCUCUCCAUUGGAAGUACAAUGACAAGUGAUGACAACAAUCAUAUAAAGAGUGGCCCUGUCGUGGAAACUCAAGCUUAUGAUAUAUUGUUGGAAGGUGCGAUGCAUGCACAGCGUUUCCACUCCCGAAACUUGCGGCUUAAUGGGCCGUGGAAAUGGUUGUUAGAUGCAUUUGCGGACUAUUAUGGAGUUUCUAAUUCAUAUUCUAAAUUGAGAUAUCUAUCACAGGUGAUGAAUCUUGCAACUCCAACCAAGGACUGCCUAGAGCUUGUUAAAGAGUUGCUUGAUCCCUUAAUGAAGGCCAGAAGUGAGAGGAGUCUGACCAGGCAAGAGAGAAGUAUACUUUUGGAUUGUGAAACUCAAAUUGAAAGACUACUAGCGACUGUUUUUGAGAAUUACAAAUCUCUCGAUGAAAACUUGCCAACGGGUCUAACCGAUCAUUUUGGUCCAGCAUCUGACUCUGCAGCACCAGCUCUACAUCCUGCUUUACAGGUCUUCAGUAGUCUUCAUGAUAUACUAUCUCCAGAUGCUCAAACUAUUCUACAGAACUAUUUGCAGACCGCAGCAAGAAAAAGGUGUAGAAAACACAUGAUGGAGACCGAUGAAUUUAUGUCGGGUGCUUCUGAAAGUUACCAAUUGGACACCAUUACUAUCUCAACGGCAUACCUGAAAAUGAAAAAUCUGUGUAUUUCUAUAAGGAAUGAAAUUCAGGCAGACAUAAAGAUCAACAGUCAUAAUACAAUCCACGGUCAACAUAUUUUUCCCAGUUCAAUUGACCUGGCAAAGAUCACAGCAGCCAUAUACAGCACAGUACUUUGUAAAAGGCUAAGAACUUUCCUGUCUGCAUGGCCACCAUCAAGUCCACAGGCACAUGUGAAUGAGCUUCUGGUGGCAACUGCUGACUUUGAACGAGAUCUCGAGUCAUGGAAUAUAAGUUCUGUGCAGGGAGGUGUAGACUCCAGAAAUCUGUUCCACAACUACAUCAUGGUAUGGAUACAGGAUAUGCAACUUAAUUUGCUCGAUCUUUGUAAAGCAGAAAAGGUUCCAUGGGCUGGAGUAACAACAAACCAUUCCACCUCCCCAUUUGCCGAGAAAAUGUAUGAAGACAUUAAAGACAACCUAAUCCAAUAUGAAGUAGUAAUCAAUAGAUGGCCUCAAUACUCAUUGUAUUUGGAAAAUGCUGUUGCAAAUAUUGAAAGGGCAAUUGUGAAAUCACUUGAAAAACAAUAUAGCGACAUCUUAACUCCUUUGAAAGAUAGCAUACCAAAGAGACUUCACUUGCAAGUUCAAAAGCUAGCAAGAAGACAAUCGGCUACUGUUCAAUUGGUUCCUAACCAAUUAGGAAUAUUCUUGAACACCAUCAAGCGGAUUCUUGAUGUCCUUCAUUGUAGAGUGGAAGACAUCCUAAAUUCAUGGGCAUCCUGUCUACCUGUCAUGGGAGACAAGAAGUUGUUUGGAGAGCAAAUGAAUGGAAUAACCGUCCUAUUGCGAACCAGAUACAAAACUUAUUUGCAAGCAAUAAUAGGGAAUAUUGUCAACAAUGUUCAAGGUAAUAAGAGCACGCGUCUGAAAAAGAUACUUGAGGAAACAAGAGAAGCAGAUGGAGAAGCAGACGUUCGUGAAAGAAUGCAGUUGUUGAAUUCACAGCUCAUUGACUUCAUCUCCAACCUUCACGAGGUCUUUACCAGCCAAAUUUUCAUAGCAACAUGCCGUGGAUUAUGGGAUAGAAUGGGACAGAUUAUUUUGAAAUUUCUAGAAGGGAGGAAAGAAAAUAGAAUAUGGUACAACGGAUCUUGCUACGCUCUUGGGAUAUUGGAUGACACAUUUGCUUCCCAGAUGCAAAGGUUAAGAGGAAAUGCAUUGCAAGAGAAAGAUAUUGAGCCUCCUCGCUCGGUGAUUGAAGCCAGGUCAAUUCUGUGUAAAGACACAACUAAUGCAACUGAUCAAUCUUCUUACUUCUAUAUAUAG